AAAAGCAGGAAAGAUCUGGAGUGUGAAAGGUGGCAGCGGAGAAAUCGCCAACACUGCAGACAGAAUCAACAGUUGAACAAUGGUGUUUAUCAGAGGUGUACGCAUGAACAUCCAGCCCAUGAACCUAGGGUGUGCCCUCCAAGAGCUAUGGAGUGCUGUUACCAUGACUUCAACUGUCUGCACAUCCCUGGGGAUCACGAUGAGAGACAGGCCCCUGAUGUUAGCCAGCAGCCUGGUACCUGGAGUGCUCCAGCUGGCCGCUCUGCUCUUGCUUCUACACCAUCUCAUCAUUGACUACGGAAACACUGAAGCCUGCCUGGCAGGUGACUUUGGCCCUACAGCACUUUCAAGGGACGUGGAUAAGGAGCUGGAAGAGAUGGAAGAGGAGCAGGCUGUGUGCCAGGGCUACCAGGCAUGGAGCCCAUGGGAAUAUGCUGGUACCCCUCCACUAACUCAAACUCAGACAUAUGCCUGUGCCUCCUCAGUCUUCCAAGGGGCAGGAAUGCUGGCCAAGAAAGUCCAGUAUGCCACCAUCGGGACUGGGAGCUGCGAGCUGUGCACAGCUUCGGUUAGUAGUGUGGUGAUUGAAAGGGUGGCUUGGGUGCUGCUGACCUGCUGGGGAACUAUCUUCACAUUGGCCCUGUGCCUACAGAGUUCCUUUCCCAGGGUGCCUUACCUGGCUGUGUCCUGUAUCUUCGCCUUCAUCCUCAGUUUUGGUAUGGGCCCAGCUGCAGUGGCGAGGAUCCUGGCAACAGAGCUGUGUGACCAGAUAGCCUGACCUGCUGCCUACAUGGUCUGUGGGACAGUCCUGCAGACAACAUUCUUUCUGGUGGGGCUGUUGUUCCCCUUCAUGUGGUAGGUAGCUCUGGGGUCUCUUCCAACCCAAAGAAGGGUUUGUCCCUUUUCCUCUACAUCCAUUUCCUCUGUGCCUGUGUGGUCAUCUACACUCACUUGUUCCUUCCUUAGAUCAAAGACAAGACCAUCCUAGCAAUCACUGAGGAAAUGUGCAUACUCACCCUUGCCUAGGAAGACCAGGAAUGGAAUCUACUGAGCUCUAGCUGUAAAGGUGUGACUGGGGCCGAAGCCAGUUGCUGCCCUGCA